AUGUCGACCCCCGGCGGCCCACCCAGCGAUGCGGAGAUGCGCGAUGUCGAGCAGCGCACACCUCUUGCACCAGCAUCUCUUUCGAACCGCGGCCCAGCAGGAGCCUCGUCGCCGCUAGCGUUCCCCUCUAGCAGCCCGUUCAAAAGCCAGGCAUCCAACGCAAGAGCGCCGCAGAGCUCACUAGGAGCUUCGUCGCCGUUACACUUUCCCACUUCAUCCCCGUCGGCUAGAACCUCAAGGGGGCAGAGAACACCUCUUGCUUCGGCACGACGCAGCCAGAAUGCAGAGAACCGUCUGCCUUCGAGCAGCAGCGGCGUCAGUAGGCUCGAUGAGCCCCUUUUCUUCCCCAGUUCCGGUGGCACUACCCCGCGUCACCAGCGUCGUGGUGAGAUCCACUCCUCCGUCGCGCUCUCUUCGCCAUCUUUGACGAGAAGGAACCGAGCCGACCCCUCCAGUCAGCCUCAGGGUGCACCUGCUCGUUCCUCGUCGGUGUUUGGUGGCAGUCAACCAGCCGCCGACGGCCACAGCGAUGCCCUGAGCUUCUCGCAGCACGGCGUCACCAGUGACGCAGCUGCUCCAGGGCAGGACGGUGUCUCCAAAGUCAUCUGGGGUACCAACGUCUCCAUCGGAGAGACCAUGGAGAUGUUCCGUUCCUUCCUUCGCGGUUUCCGUCUCAAGUACAGGUGGGCACACGCCAAAAAGCUUGGACAGCCACUCCCGCCUGCUGCUACCGGCAACCCCGCGGAAGGCGAACGUCUCGUCUAUGAGGGCUACCUCCGCCGCAUGAGGAUCACCGACCAGACCAACCUCAACCUCCGCAUCUCGGACCUCGAGGCCUUCCCGCCUUCCAAGAGGCUCAAGAUGCAGCUCAUCCGGUACCCACAGGAGAUGGUCCCCAUCAUGGAUCAGGUGCUCAAGGACGAGAUGCUCGAGAUGGCCUACGAAGACCAGAAGGAAGCCCGCGAUGGCAUGGGCGGCGACAUGGGCCUCGCCGAAAUCGAGCUCAUGGAGACCAAGCUCUACAAGGUGCGCCCCUACGGCGCCGACGCUAUCAACAUGCGCGAACUCAACCCGUCCGACAUUGACAAGCUCGUCACCGUCCGCGGGCUCGUCAUCCGAGCAACGCCCAUCAUCCCCGAGAUGAAGCAGGCUUUCUUCCGCUGCCUCGUCUGCAACCACACUGUGCCCGUCGAGAUCGACCGAGGCCGCAUCGCCGAGCCUGACCGCUGUCCACGACAGGUGUGCAACCUGCAAGGCUCCAUGUCCUUGAUUCACAACCGCUGCGAAUUUUCGGAUCGUCAGGUCGUCCGUAUUCAAGAGACGCCAGACGUCGUGCCUGACGGUCAGACGCCUCACACGGUCAGCAUGUGCGCCUACGACGAGCUGGUGGAUGUCAGCAAGCCCGGUGACCGCGUCGAGAUCACCGGUAUCUUCCGCAGCACCCCGGUUCGCGUCAACCCUCGACAGCGCAGCCUCAAGAGUCUGUACAAGACAUUCGUCGACAUCCUUCACAUCAAGCGCACCAACGGCAAGAGGCUUGGUGUCGACCUUUCGACUCGAGAUGCCUCGGAACAGGCUGCUGGUCCUGGCGCCCAAGCCGUCGGCGUCGGCGGUGAGGAGGACGACGAGGACGUCGAGGUGCAGAGCGGCUAUGGUGCCGAUGCUGAGGACGCCGAUGCUCCUCGCAGCCAAGACCUCGAAGACAAGCUUCGUUCGAUCGCUCAGCGUGACGACGUCUACGAAGUGCUCUCGCGCAGCUUGGCGCCAAGCAUCUACGAGAUGGACGAUGUCAAAAAGGGGAUCUUGCUGCAGCUCUUCGGAGGCACCAACAAGACGAUCAGCACAGGUGGCGGCGGUGGUGGACCACGCUACCGUGGCGACAUCAACGUGCUCAUGGUCGGUGACCCAGGUAUCGCCAAGAGUCAGAUCUUGCAGUACGUGCACAAGAUCGCACCGCGUGGUGUGUACGCCUCGGGCAAAGGCUCUUCGGCCGUCGGUCUCACCGCUUACGUCACACGUGACCCGGACACGAAGCAGCUGGUGCUCGAGUCGGGUGCGCUUGUGCUUUCUGACGGCGGUGUCUGCUGUAUCGACGAGUUUGACAAGAUGUCGGAAGCCACGCGCAGUGUGUUGCACGAAGUCAUGGAGCAGCAGACGCUCAGUAUCGCCAAAGCCGGUAUCAUCACGACGCUCAAUGCGCGUGCCUCGAUCCUGGCAGCUGCCAACCCGACAGGCUCUCGCUACAACAUCAAUCUGCCCAUCACCAAGAACAUCGACCUGCCGCCGACGCUCAUCAGCCGAUUCGACCUGGUCUACCUUGUGCUCGACAAGAUCGACGAGGCGAACGACCGCCGCCUGGCUCGCCACCUUGUCAGCCUGUACCUCGAAGACAAGCCGGAUACAGGCGGCAAAGACGUGCUGCCUAUCGAGACGCUCACCGCUUACAUCUCGUACGCUCGCAACCGUAUCCAACCGAUCCUGACCAAGGAAGCCGGCGAUGCGCUCGCCGCACGCUACGUUGAGCUUCGCAAGGUCGGUGAAGACCCGCGCAACGCCGAACGUCGAAUUACCGCUACCACGCGUCAGCUCGAAUCGAUGAUCCGUCUCUCCGAAGCGCACGCACGCAUGCGCUUUGCCGACGAAGUCAUCGUAGACGACGUGGAAGAGGCGGCUCGUCUCAUCCGAGAAGCAGCCAAGUCUUCCGCCACCGAUCCACGAACCGGCCUGAUCGAUCUCGACCUCAUCAACACGGGACGAUCGCAUCAUCAGCGCAAGCUCGCCGGUGACCUGCGACGCGAAUUCCUGCAGCUGCUCGACGAGAUGGGUAGCAUGUCGGGGAGAGCUACGUCUCCAUCGGGUCCUUCCUCGACACAACCUACCAAGGCGGUCCGAUACGUGGAUCUGCAGAAGGCGCUCAACGAGCAAUCGUCGGCGCCAGUGGACCAGAACGAUCUGUACGAACUCGUGCGCACGCUCGAAAGCGAAGGCAUCGUCAAGACGGCGGGAGAGCGCGAGCGCAGGACCGUCCGUCGUAUCAGCUCGUGA